AAAAAAAGAAGGAAAAUCGAUAACAUUUGUUCCUCUCUCUAGAUUUCUCUCUCCGGCUACCCUCUCGCUUUUCCUACCCGUGCGUCCUAUUCCUCCUUUGACAACUCCAUUAGCAAGUCUCUCUGUUUCUUUCUCUCUCCAAAAAAAAAAAAAACAUUUAUAUUAAAUAAAAUAAAUCAAGAAAACAACCCUUCUCUUUCAGUUCUUCAACAGUUCAACGGCCCGAUACCUCUCUUCUUCACACAGAGAGAAGGUGGAUUCUAGGGUUUUUCUCUUCUAGCUUUUGACCGAGGUAUUGUUUUGUCGGUUUUUGCUGCUUUUGUUUUGAGGGAGAUGGUGAGUGAAUGAAACAGAGGCUAGGUUUCUUUUUUCUUUUUGAUUUGGGGGCGAUUAGGGUCGUGCAUUGUGGUUGGUUGCAAUUUGGUGUAAUUUUGGUUUGUUUUUAUUUUUAUUGUUGUCUUGGAGAUGGGUGCGUCGUAAUUGGGUUAAAAGAAUUGGUUUACUGAGAUGGGGGCGUGUGAGAAUUCGUUGGAGCCACACGAGCCCUUGACUCUUGCUGCCACCGAGCAGCAUUCGUGCUUGGAAUUUAUCAAGGAUUCUGAGCAGCUGCCAGCCUUGGAGACUGCUCACAGUCUAAUUGAUACUAAUGUGGAACCCUCUAGUGCGACUGAUGGAUUUGUGGACUUGUCUCAGAAAGAUAAUGUUGUUUGUGCCAGCCACAGUGAUGUUGAGGCUGUGUCAGCUGAUAUGGGAAUUGGGUUGAUGGGUGAGGGGGAGAGUGUGGUUGGUUUAACAGCAGGUAAAUUAUUGGAGAAUGAAUCUGGGGUUAUUGGGGGUUGUUUGGAUGAGAGGCAAAGUGGGAUAGAUGAUUGUAAUGGGGAAACGGAUAGAUCCCGGGAAGAAAAAGCAGGGCUUGGAGUCAAGAAUGGUGGACCUCUAGACCGUGAAAGGUCGUUGGAAUUGCUGGAGAGAAAUUGUGAUCAACAGGAUGGCCGAGUGGAUGAUAAGAAAACUGGUGUUCAAGGUGUUACAGAAGAGGAAAGUGAUGGUUUAGUUACAGUAGAGGCUGAUACUUCUGAUGAUGUAGUGCCUUCAAUCUCAUGUGAAACAUCUGUAGAAUCAAUACUUGUGAAUGAUAUGACUAGAAAUUGUGAUCAACAAGAUGACCAGAAUGAUCAUGAGAGUGGCAGUGUUCAAGGGGUUAUGGAAGAGAAAAAUGAUGGUUUAGCUGCAAUAAAGAUUGUUAAUUCUGAUGAAAUAGUUCUUUCACUGGGCAGUGAGAUGCCAACAGAAUUAAUGCAAGCAAAGGAUUGGAGCAGAAAUGGUGAUCAACAAGAUGACCAGAGGGAUGAUAAGAAUGUCAGUGUUCAAGGGGUCAUGGAACAACAUAGUUGCGGCUUAGCUCCAAUAGAGUUCGAUGAUAUACAUGAUGGAACAGUGCUUUCAUCGGGUCAAGGAAUGAAUGCAGAACCACUACCAGAAAAAGGUUUGCCUAGUGAUGGCAAUGAACAGUACAAGCAUGAUUGUGGUCCCUCUCAAGAAGCAGUUAUGGAAGAGAAAAUUGACAAUUUAACUGGGCUAGAGAAUAGCGACCUUCAAGCUGUGAUGGAACAGAAAAGUGAUGGUUUAGGGGCAAGAAAGACUGCUGAUACUUGUGAAAACAUAUUGCCUUCAUUGGGAUAUGAAAUGCCCGCUGAGCGUUUGCCUAGAAAUGGCGUUGAGAACGACAAGCAGGACAGGAGCACCUCUAUGGUGCUGACCAUGGAAGAGAGAAACAAUGAUUUAGCUGGGACAGAGAGUAUUAGUAAGGAAGGGUUCAUGGAAGAAAAAAGUGAUGGUUUUGCUGCAAUAGAGACUGCUACUCUUAAUGAAAUAGGACCUUUGUCAGGCUGUGAAAUCCCUGCUGGAUUAAUUUCAGUGAAUGGUUAUGGUGUUGAACUGGACAAGCAGUAUGAUGGUACGUCUCCUGCUGGGGUUCCAAAAGAAAGGAGUGUUCAUUUAACUAGGUUAGAGACUGAUAAUCAAGACAAAAUAUUGCCUUCACUUGACCAUGGAAUGCAUUUGGAAUCAACAACUGUUACAUGUCCACCAAGCAAGUGUCUUCAGCCCGAUGACCAGAAGGGUGAUCAGAUCAUUAGCUGUCUCAUUGCCGGAGGGGUUAUGGAGGAAACAAGUGUUGCUUUAGAUGCGACAGAUACUAAUACUUCCAAUUGGUUGUUUUCAUCACAGGGCCUUGAGAGGACCUUGAAAUUAAUGCCCAUGACUGGUUUGCCAGAAGAAAGUGUUUAUCAUGAUGAGCAGAAGCUGAUACGAAGUGAACUAGAUUCUAAGGUUGUCAAUGGUCUAGCUAUAGAGAGGGUUCCAGAGCAGGAAAGUGAUGCCUCAGCCAGGAUAGAAGCUGAUAUAUAUGCCCAGGUAUCACCACAUGGUGCUAUUGACUCUAACAGUGCAGGUGACUGUUCUGGAGAGACGGUCAAUGAAGCAAAGAAUCAUUUCAGCAUUGAUAGUGUUUCUGAAACCAAGUGUCAUGACAUUGCAUUACCAUCUUCACAAAGGAGCAAUGGAGUACGUAAAUCAAGCCGGAAGGCCCAGACAAAAAGGGCUGCAAGGAAAUCUAGAAAUACAACCAAAGUCCCAAACCUUCAUCUAGGUAUUGAGACUGUCUUCAAAAGUGUGACAAGGAAGCGAAGCUGUUUCUCAAAACCAGCUCGGUCUUCUGCUUGGGGAUUGUUGGGGAAUAUUACACAUGCAUUUACAAUGAUUGAUGGUCGCAGACUUGAUGAAAUUGAGAAUAAUGGAUCACAAAAAGCAAGGGCUGGCCGAGGAAGCAGAAAGCGGAAUAAUCGUGCUGGUGGAAGGUCACAAAGGUCUAGCAAGAAAGGCUGUGCUUCAGCUAGUUGCAUUCGUUUGAAAGUUAAAGUGGGAAAAGAAGCUUGUCAUACUGAAGCUAAUCCGAAGAUUAUGAUCCCAGAGGUAAUUGAUACAAAAGCAUCUGCUGAACUUGUAAGCAAUUAUGGGGUUGAGUCAUAUCAGGAAACCAGUUUUGAAAUGUCAAAGUUAGUCCAUUAUGCUGAAGAUAAUGUGGUUGAAGAGGGAGCUGGAAAACAGCUUCAGUCUUUUGAUAUUAAGUUGAAGAAGGCAGAGUUACAUUGCGAUCCUUAUGGCAUGGAUGUAAAUCUUGCAAACAAAGAUAUGGAGAGCAUGGUGAUUUUUGAAAAGUCACCUGGAGAUACUGUGGAAGAUUAUAUCGGGGUUCCUCUCCAUACAGAGGUUGAAGCACUGGGAGCAACAACUGAGAAGAGGUAUUCAGAUCCUGGAACUUCACCAGAUUCAGAAGUUAUCAAUUUAGUUGCCGAGGGCCAAGUCGAUGCAAGAUGUCCAGAAGAUUUUCAUGAUGCUGUUCUGUCUUCUUCUAAGGCUUUUGCUACAGAUCAAGGGGGUAAUGGUAAAAGGAGGGGAAAAAAGAAAGAAAGGCUCCCUCAAGCCGCUAACUGUUCACCUGCUGCGGCAAGCUUAAACAAAGUUAAAUUGGCAAAGAAACGUGGGAGCAGGCAGAGAAAGGCUGAUGGUCUUUCCUCUACUGAGAUUCUUACUUCAUCCAGCAGUGUGAAUGGUUUGAUCAACACACCAAGCAGUAAAGAAUGUUCUGCAGAACAGGUACCUUUGUCAAGAGAGACUGUACUUGAAGUCUCUGGAGAGGUUUUGACAGAAGAAAUCAGUAUGGAAACUAAAAUAUGUGUUGGUGGACUGGAUGCUGAGCUUAGGUCAUCAGGAUCACAGAUUUCAAAGAAUCCUCUUCCUUCAACUAAAUCCAGGGGAAAUGGAGCGAACAAGGGAAGGUCCAAAGUCUCUGACUCUGCAAAAAGCCGGAGGGCAAAUGGUUGCAAGGAUAGAGGAAAUAAUAGGAAGUCAGUUAAAAAGAACAAAGCCAAGGGGAAGAGUGUUUGUGAUCAUGUUUUUUACAAAGUUGAUGAUGAUCCAGAAAUAGAUGAAAAUGGAAAAAUUGAUGCUGGCGAGGAUACUGCUGCGGAAGAGGUAGCUGAUUUGGACACUCCAUCAAGUGGUGUAAUGGAGCAAAAUUUAUCCCCAGAUAAUGCUUGGGUUCGCUGUGAUGAUUGUCUUAAAUGGCGGCGUAUUCCAGUUCGACUUGUAGAAUCUAUUAGUCAAACACAUUGCCAAUGGAUCUGCAAGGACAACACAAAUAAAGCCUUUGCUGAUUGCUCCUUCCCCCAAGAGAAGUCAAAUGCAGAAAUAAAUGCAGAGUUGGGCAUAUCAGAUGUUGAUGAGGAUGGUUGCGAUGCCCCUUCAAAUUAUAUGGAAUUGGAAUGUAGACAGACAUCAGUUUCCAAGGAGUAUGAAUUUACACGCAUCACUACCAAUCAGUUUCUGCACCGUAGCCGUAAAACUCAAACUAUUGAUGAGAUCAUGGUUUGUUACUGCAAAGCACCUGUGGCCGGUCAGUUAGGUUGUGGAGAUGAAUGCUUGAAUCGAAUGCUUAAUAUUGAGUGUGUUCAAGGAACCUGUCCAUGUGGGGACCAUUGCUCAAAUCAACAGUUCCAAAAGCGCAAUUAUGCCAAAAUGACAUGGGAGCGAUGUGGGAAGAAAGGUUUUGGACUGCGAUUGGAUGAGGAUAUAUCCAGAGGGCAAUUCCUUAUUGAAUACGUUGGAGAGGUGCUUGAUGUGCAUGCUUAUGAAGCAAGGCAAAAAGAAUAUGCUUCCAAGGGUCACAAACAUUUCUACUUCAUGACAUUGGAUGGCAGUGAGGUAAUUGACGCAUGUGCGAAGGGAAAUUUGGGGCGUUUCAUUAAUCAUAGUUGUGAUCCUAAUUGUCGUACUGAAAAGUGGGUGGUCAAUGGAGAAAUCUGUAUUGGAUUAUUUGCAUUGAGGGACAUUAAGAAGGGCGAAGAGGUGACAUUUGACUAUAACUAUGUAAGAGUUGUUGGGGCUGCUGCUAAAAGAUGCUAUUGUGGUUCACCUCAAUGUCAAGGCUAUAUUGGUGGGGAUCCAACUAGCUCUGAAGUAACUGAUCAAGUUGAUUCGGAUGAAGAAUUUCCUGAACCUGUAAUGCUUGAAGAUGGAAGAGUGGGAGGUGGCUUAAAAAAUAAAAUAUCCAAAACCAAUUUCUUUGGUUUGUCAAAAGACAGGGAAAUAGAAUUCAAAACAGCUGUUGGGAACUUGGAGGUUGCAACUGAAAUUAAGGAUUUGACAAGCCAAUUAACCCCUGCCAUGUCUCUAUCACCCAGUGCAUCAGAAAUGAAUGGUUUACCUGGAGAUUUUUCUUCUUCCAGUCAACAAGUAGAAACCUCCCCAAAGGCUGAAGAUGUAAUGACCCAACCCACACUUGCUGUUCAGCAAGAGAUUUCCGUGGAAGAGACUAUGAACAAAUCCUUGUAUUCCAGUCAAAAGUUGAGGACCUCUUCAACUUCAACUCCCACCAAAAUAUUGCCUGAUGAUGUUAUGAUUAACAGGAAGUCUAAGUCUGCCGCAGCUGAAAACAAGAGGGUUUUUGUGAAAUCUCGUUUUAUUAUUGAAACUCCACACCAAUCUAGUUCAAUCAAGAAGGGAAAGUCUGCUGGUAAUCUCAUAAACAUAAACAAGGUUCAGACAAUAGCCAGCAAACCUCAGUUUCCACUUAUCAAACCCAAAAAGUUAAUAGAGAGUACCUCGAAUGGCCAUUUUGAAGCAGUUCAGGAGAAACUUAAUGAGUUGUUGGAUUCCGAGGGUGGCAUAAGCAAACGGAAAGAUGCUCCUAAAGGCUACCUGAAACUUCUCCUCCUUACUGCAGCUUCUGGUGCUAUUAGAAGUGGUGAAGCAAUUCAGAGUAAUCGGGAGCUUUCAAUGAUACUCGAUGCACUCUUGAAAACUAGAUCACGAGUGGUACUGAUGGAUAUAAUUAACAAAAAUGGUUUAAGAAUGCUUCACAACAUAAUGAAGCAGUACAGAAGGGAUUUUAAAAAGAUUCCAAUUCUCAGGAAGCUUUUAAAGGUUUUAGAGCACUUGGCAGUCAGGGAGAUACUUACAUUGGAACAUAUAAGUGGAGGUCCUCCUUGUCCUGGAAUGGAGAGCUUUACAGAAUCCAUGUUGUCCCUGACAGAGCAUGAUGACAAACAGGUUCAUCAAAUUGCACGAAGUUUUCGAGACAGAUGGAUCCCUAGACAUAUCAGAAAGCAUAGCUAUAUGGAUAGGGACGAUGGGAGGAUGGAGAUUCACAGAGUUCCAAACUGCAAUAGGGUUUCAGCUUCUCAUAAUCAUUGGCAUGAUCAGGGUGUAAGACACACAGAAGCACUUAAUGGUGUUGUGGAAUCAAACCCUGUGACUUCAGGGGGCACUGCUGUCCAUGAGGUUGCUAUGACUUCAGGGGGCACUGCUGUCCAUGAGGACAACUCUGUGAAUCGUGUAGGCAGUGUUACGAGAACUCGCAAGCGUAAAACUAGAUGGGAUCAACCCGCUGUGGGAAAUAUAGCUUCCAGCUCUCUUCAGCAUAUUAAACAGAAUGUUAAUUCUGGGUUGGUACAACAAUGUGAACCUAACCCAUUACUUGAGUUAAGUAAAGAAGUGCCAGUUCAUGUGGACAAGGCAGGUAGAGAGUACAGUUAUUGCCCUCAUUGUGUUCGCAAUUAUUGCUGGCAAGAUGAAUCUAGUAGUGCUGAUGACAGAAAGCAGAAUAUUCAUGAGGAUGUUCCACCUGGAUUCUCAUCUCCGAUUAAUGCUGCUCUUCCAUCCAAUGCUUCGUCCACUGUUGCUGACCACCCUCAACAAAAUGUUUUCCACUUGAAGUUUCCUGUUGGUAUGGUUGUCGGUCUUCCACAGAAGAAAUUCAAUUCCCGCUUUCCUGUCUCGUAUGGAAUUCCCUUGUCUGUUAUGCAGCAAUUAGGAUCACCCCUGGCUGAAACUGUAGAGAGUUGGGUUAUUGCUCCUGGCAUGCCUUUCCAUCCUUUUCCACCAUUACCACCACUUCCCUCCUAUAUGAAAGGGACUCAACCUUCUUGUGCUGUUAGCUCUAUUGAGGUUGAUGGUGAUGCAGUUCGAGGGCAACAGGACAGCCAUGAUCCUACCACUUGUCCAAAUGAAAAUAGUCCAAGCAUGAGUGGUGCUAACCAACCAGAUGUGAAUAGCCCUUGUCCAAAUGACCAUCAAACAUUUAAACGUGCGAGGGGAUUUUCAUAUGAUUUGGGAAGGAGGUACUUUAAGCAACAGAAGUGGAAUAAAGUGUCUCCUCCAUGGGUUCGGAAUAGGAAUGGGUGGGGAUGUGUAGGAGACAACUCAUGAGCUGGAAUGUGCAGCACUGACAUGGGAAGUCUAACAAAUGAACAGAGGAACUCAUACUGUUGACAGGUUGUAAGCUGUAGACUGCAGAAAGCUGGCAAAUACUUGAUCAGCAUGCACAGCGUCUAAAUGAGCAUUGAUUUUUUAGGAAAUGCUCUGAAGAGCUACUGAUUAUUCACCAUACUCUUGAUGUAUUCACAAUUCUUUUUUUGGGUUUUUAUUUUCAAUGGGAAAUUCAUUCAUAUCAGAAUGUCAAUCCUCAUACUCAAAGUUGUGAUGCUAUAGCUGGAGGGAAAGCAUUCUUCUUAUCCGGCAAUGUCUUCUGUUGGAUGUUGAUCCAUUUUCUCACACCUCGAAGAGGUAGGUAGUCUUGUUUAUCUAAAAUUUUCUCAUAGGAGUAAUAUUGUUUAUCAUUGGAAUUGAUAACCAAUUUAUUGGCAUCUUGCACUGGAAAAAAAAUAAAAUUCUUUGAUGAUCUGGAAGGUGAAAGAUGAUUGUGUUUCUUCGAUGGUUUCUCGAUUAUUUUAAAUUAGUUUUUGUACUUGGCUGGUGCAAUUUCUCCAUCGAUUAGUUUCAUGGAUUUUGGAGUUUGGGUCUCCAGUUGAACUGUCUGUAGUGGCUACAGUAAUUCGUUGAUUUAAUCAAGUCAAUGGCUUGCAGUUACAAU